UUACAACAACACGCCAUCAUCACCUCACGCUUGCUUUAGCUGAGCUUAAGCAGAGCCGUCCCUGCCUGUCAGGUACCUCAGCCCAGCGAGAGAAUUGCUCCAGUCAUUGGCUUAGAAUGUGUGCUAGCCUUGGGCUUCAGAAAGAACACCAUGGACUUUGCUGAUGAAGUAGAAGCCAUCAUUCCCAGGGUGCCCAGCUUAAAUGUGCCCUGGCUUCCAGACAGAACCCAAGAUCUCACAGACAGUUUGGAGACUGAAGCUUUGGAAAGCCAGGACAAAGCGAUUUUGGAGACUUCGUCCGAUGACCUUACAAAACUUAGUAAGAGGAAGCUUGCGGAAGGUGGACAAGCUCCAGAUACAACACUACAACCCCAAAAGAAACUCGCUCCUAACCCUGGUAAGACAAGGAAACCACCCAAGAGUAAAAAAUCCCUUUCAAAGUAG